CGUCAUUUCCUGCCGAAGGCAAAGCUUCCGGGUCGCGAUCCGCAGGACUUGUGUCUGGGUGACUUCUCGGCGUUGUCCGCGGUCUCUGCCUCUGGGGUCCUCCUCCGGCCUCUGCCCGGGCUCGUGCUCGCCGCGUUGCCACCUCCAUCGUGAGGAGGAACUAUGAAUGGGAGGGCUGAGUUUCGAGAGCCGAAUGCUGAAGUUCCAAGACCGAUUCCCCACAUAGGGGCUGAUUACAUUCCGACAGAGGAAGAAAGGAGAGUCUUUGCGGAGUGCAAUGAAGAAAGCUUCUGGUUCAGAUCUGUGCCAUUGGCGGCCACAAGUAUGUUGAUUACUCAAGGAUUAAUUAGUAAAGGAAUCCUGUCAAGUCAUCCAAAAUACGGCUCCAUUCCUAAACUUAUAUUUGCAUGUAUCAUGGGGUACUUUGCUGGGAAGCUUUCUUAUGUGAAAACCUGCCAAGAAAAGUUCAAGAAUCUUGAAAACUCCCCCCUUGGAGAAGCUCUGCGGUCAGGCCAAGCAAGGCGCUCUUCCCCACCUGGGCAUUAUGCUCAAAGAUCCAGAUAUGACUCCAAUAUGAGUGGUCAGUCCUCCUUUGUGACGUCUCCUGCAGCAGACAGCAUAGAAAAGGAGGCGCUUCCUCGUUACGAGCCAAUUCCAUUUAGUGCGUCUAUGAAUGAAUCCACUCCCACUGGUAUUACUGACCAUAUUGCCCAAGGACCUGAUCCCAACUUUGAAGAAAGUCCCAAAAGAAAAAGUAUUACAUAUGAGGAAUUAAGGAGUAAGAACAGAGAGUCCUAUGAAGUAACUUUAACACACAAGACUGACCCCUCAGUCAGGCCUGUGCAGGAAAGAGUGCCCAAAAAAGAAGUCAAAGUAAACAAAUACGGAGAUACUUGGGAUGAGUGAGAGACCCCGUCAUUGGACCUACUGAAGGCCUUCCAUACCCAGCUUCAUCCAGGUGGUGCACGCCCUGCAUGCCUGGACUCUGCAGCAGUCUUCAUAAACACAUUGAAAACGAAAUCCUGGUUUGUGUGAUUUAACAUUUGAUGCUUUACAAACACAGAUUUUAGUGUUUACUGUUGUGUAAAUGUUGUGACCCAGGGCACUCAGAAUGACGGUAUUAGGCCAUGGCUUGUACACUUGGUGACAGGGAAAGACUCGUGAAAUUUGACUGUGACUCUAGAUAAAGCUAUGUGAAGACAAGUGAUAGUGCAUGCCGCGGGGGGAGGAGGGAGCACACAUCUGGGGUUCAGCUUUAUAUCAGUUAUUAAAAGGCCUUUCUUCAGCAUUUGCUCUAGCAUCUUAAUGUUUAUGGUGAAUAAAAUGUAAAACACG